AUGGCCAGUGGUCCGCAAAAGCUGGAAGUACCAGGCUUGUAUACAGUCGUACGAUUCGUUGUGUUGACCGAAUUUGCUCGACCGGCUGUUUAUGCCUCGUUCGAGGAACAUUUCCAGGACUUUACGGCUUUGGAAAGCUUGGAGAUUCAGUCCAAAGCGCCCAUGUCGACCGAACUUUACAAGAAAAUUCGAGAUCAUCUGAGUUUGAGGCAUUUAGUCAUCCAUUUGGAUGGCGAUGCACUCUUAUACAGAAAGCCGUUUCAACCAAGGGAUCUAGCCUUGCCCAAAUGCCGCCUCUGCUCCCUAAAAGCACCUAGCAGGAUCUUAUUCGACCUCCUACAACCUGGCUCAGCGACACGGCGCUCCCUCACAAAACUCGAGCUAUACAGCAUUCGACAAAUCGGCAUUAUGCAUCAAAUAUUGUCUGCAGAGAGUGGUUUGGACGCUUUGGAAGAGCUUCGCCUUGAUCUAGGAAGCUGGUCUCCUUCGGGAAAGAGCGUCCUUGACAUCCUCCUGCGCGUACCGAGCUUGAAAAUACUCGAGUUUAUGCCAAACAUACAUCCAUACUUUACUGGAUUACCGCCAUCACAAGAAAUCACGAUAUUACCCAAUCUUCGGCUCUUGACUGGUCCAACGAAUGCUGUUUCGUUCCUGUUGCCCUAUUUACGCGAUAACUGUAUGCGUAUCUGCAUCAACGAUAGCGACUUUGCCGACUGGAUCGAAAAUAGCUUGUAUAUGGCUCCACUCUUUUCUUCGACUGUGGGGUGUAAACACCUGCAAGAGCUCUAUAUUUACACAGCAGAAGUAUACCACUCUACCCUCCUGAGCGCACUGUCAGCUCUGCCAUCCGAUGGUCUGCCGUCGCUUCAGAAGCUAGUGAUUGAAAGAGACAUACCUCUUCGACGACAGGACGGAGGAUUCAAAUAUCAACUGGAUUCACUCCUCAACGCAAGCUAUCGUGGGGCAUGUACCCACCCAGACUCGUUGGAGACUCUUAGAAAGUCUGUCCAGAAGCGCAGAGCCAUCUUCACUCCAUUUAUAGUGGCAUGGGCUAAGCGAUCGUCAGAGCUUCGUCUGCAGUCGAUCUUAGUCGGAGAUUGGGACGUUACCUGGUUUUCCUUUGAGUGCAUCGAAAUCGGGAGCACAUGGAGGGUUCUGCUCAGCCCCAACAACGACCUGUGCUUCAAGAGGUUUCUCGAAACAUAUCCUGAGGAGGAAAUCACGCAGCUCGAUUUGCAAACUGCUAUUUACCAAGUUAUGGGAGAGGCAUCAGACGACGAAGAGCUUCCCAAUGAGGACGAGGAAAUGGAUGAGGAUGAAUAG